GUUAUACGGUCUGCCUGCCUCUCUCAGCGCCUUUAUCCUCCACUGCGCCUUUCCCAUCACUUCCCUGAGACUAGAGGGCGCCGAGGAAAACCCCGACUAGUUGUAGAGUAGGUGGUAAGUCCCCACAGAGUGCCCUGAGGGGUGGGAGAAGAUAGCGCGGGGAGAGGGACCACCAAACAAGGAGGAGAAGUUGGCCGAGCGCACUGCACGGCAGAGGAGCAGAGAUGUCCGUGUCUGGACCGCAGAACGGAGUGCUGGAGGACAAAGACAACCUCAUAGAACUCUUCGUCAAGGCCGGCAGUGAUGGAGAGAGCAUCGGGAAUUGCCCCUUCUCACAGAGACUGUUUAUGAUCUUGUGGCUGAAAGGAGUCGUGUUCAAUGUGACGACAGUUGACUUAAAGAGAAAACCAGCAGAUUUACAAAAUCUUGCACCUGGAACACACCCGCCAUUUAUAACCUACAACCAUGAAGUAAAGACUGAUGUGAAUAAGAUCGAAGAGUUUUUGGAAGAAGUGCUCUGCCCUCCAAAGUACCGCAAGUUGGCAGCAAAGCACCCCGAAUCUAACACAGCUGGCAUGGACAUAUUUGCUAAGUUUUCCGCAUACAUCAAGAAUUCCCGGCCUGAUGCCAAUGAAGCUCUAGAAAGAGGGUUGCUGAAAACUCUGCAGAAGCUUGAUGAGUACCUGAACUCUCCCUUACCUGAUGAAAUCGAUGAGAAUAGUAUUGAAGAUGUUGCAGUUUCCAACCGGAAAUUUUUAGAUGGCGAUGACAUGACUUUAGCGGAUUGCAACCUCUUGCCAAAGCUUCAUAUAGUAAAGGUGGUGACUAAAAAAUACAGAGACUUCGAUAUCCCUAAAUCAAUGACUGGGAUCUGGAGAUAUCUGAGCAGCGCGUACAGCAGAGACGAAUUCAUCAACACUUGUCCAUGUGAUCGAGAGAUAGAAAUUGCAUAUGCAGAUGUAGCCAAAAGGCUCACCAAGUGAACUGUGCUUUCUAACCAAACGGGGCCUUAAUCCACAAGUUUUUCUUAGGAGAGUCUCAUGGGAAAAAUAUUACUGUCCCCCUUAAAAAAACAAAACAAAAAAAAAAAAAAACGUUAUUUUGAAAGUAAGCGGUAUAAAUCUACAUUUUCAUUUUUCCCAUUUUAGUGCAAAAUUUAUUUGUUGUGAUCUGAGUUAUUAGGUUGCAAAAAUUAAUACUGUUGCCAAGUAUAGUACUAAACUAAUGCAGUCCCCUUAAAGGGGUUGUCUCAUCUGGAUAAUUAUGGCAUGUUCACAACACUUAAUUGGCUAUUUUCGGAACUCCCUUAGAAGCGAAUGCAGAGAGCCACGCAUGUGCGGUUACCUCUCCAUUCAAAGUGGUGUGAGGCGUAGAUAGGAGUGGGUGGUGGAGAUGGAACCCGCACCUGUCAGGCAUUUGUCACUUGUGGAUUCGCCAUUAAUGGUCAGAUGGAAAUACCCCUUUAAUACUUUCAAAGACUCUUGAUUCAAAGUGACCUAGUUAAGGUUAAUCUAUAGAUUUCUGUGCAAUCCUCUAGCCCUCAGUCACUAACUGUCCAUACAGAUGAGUUGCUGUGCCAUACUAGUUCUCAUCUUUUACAUCCUUUUAUUAGUAACAAUGUGCCAUCAUGACAUAGUAAUAUCUAAACCUCAGAUAUUGGAUUUUGUGUAACUAGAAAUAUAUUUAUCCCUUUAAGUAAGAGUAUAUAUUGUUUCAUAUUGUACAGUUUAUAAAGAUAUAUUAUUUUAGGUUUGCAAUAAUUAAGGCCACCGUAAUGAAGAUCUUGUAUACCCAUGACCUGAUGUGGCAUCAUGUCUCAAAAUAUCCUCCUUUAAAGGGGUUGUCCCACAACUACAACUUAUCCCCUAUCCACAGGAUCCUGGGGAUCUGACUGCUGGGUCCCCUGCCAAUCACUAGAAUAGGAGCCUGUGUUUCCCUGAUUGAAAGCAGCAUGCAUGUCUGU